UAUACAUUUUUACAUCAAAACUCAGAGGUUUAUUUUUAAACCCAGUACUAUUGACUGUGAGACAGAUGAGAGAUCAUGUGGGUUUGUGAGGUAAAUUUGACCAGGCUAAUUUGUUCCCUCUUUUAUAAGACGUCGUGGAGCGCGAGGCAUCAGGGGACCAAUCAGGUGUGAGUUGAACGGGCACGAGAAGCCUGUACCUGUGAAGCCUUCACCUGUAAAUGCACGAGACCAAGCUGAAACAGCGGACAGUGUCGCGGUCACCUCCAGCCACGUGCCCCUUCUAUAAAACCCGACUGUGUGAGUUUAGAGAAAGCUAAAACAAAGUGAGCAGUCAUGCUAAGCGUGAGGGUUAUGUUGUUAUUUUGUCUCGCUUUGCUCGCUGUUUGUCGAGCCGCUCCGGAGGACGUGUACAUGAAGGUGGUUCGCUUGCUGUCUCCUGGGGAAGACUACCUGAGUGAAACCGCGCUUCACUCCUUUUUCAAACUUCUGGAGAAACGUGUGCAGUGUGCCGGCGUGUCGUGUGGAAAGUGCCUGUCGGAGGAGAGUGUAGGGCAGCUGGUGAGUAACUACUCCAGCUCCAGUGGUUUGCAGGUGGAGGGUUUCUUCAGGUUGGCUGCUGGAUGCUCUCUGCUGCUCAGCUCUCCCUCAAACACCUGCAUGGCCAUCACAGAGGGACGCUGGGAACAGGAGACAAGACUCUUCAUCCACACACUGUUGGACCACAGUGAGCACAGCCUGGAUGAGCUCUUACAUGAUAUCGAAGAGCAUUAUCUACCUGAACAUCACAAUGAGCACUGCGUCACUCUGAACGACAUCCUGAUAGAGAGCGAAGUGACUCUGCCUGAUGGAGACCAUCAUCAUAGUGACCCUCACACUGACCUCCAUACUGUGUUGGGUGUUAUAAUCUACCACGUCUUACUGGGAGACUGCAUCACCCCUCACAGCCUUCCUGCAGAGGACUUCUUCCUGGAUUACAUAUUCAACCAGUUUGGCCCAGACAACAUCACUGUUCAAGACCUCGACAGGUUGAUGAAAGCUCUGAACCUGGGAGAGAAUAAGGGUAAUGACCAUGAGCAUGACCACGAGCAUGACCACAGCCACGAGGCCCAUAAUGAAGACAUGAGACUCGUCCAACAUGAUGAAGAGAGCCUCAGGCAGAGUCGCAAUGAGCCUCGGGCCUCCAACAACAGCUGGGACACGGUCUGUUUCCAUGCUGAGGAGUUGUUGAAGAUCUACCAGUUGAACAGCUCAGGACUGGACAGAGAUCAGUUCACUCGGCUGAGCCCAGCUCUGAUCCAGCAGCUCCUUAGUAAUGCCUGUACAGAGACCAAACCACAGACGGUGGUGCCCGACUCCCUCAGCACCGCAGAGCGAUAUGUGUAUGCUACCCUGGCCAACAUGGUGAUCUGUCUGGUUGCCAUGUUCGGCAUCGUGGUGCUGCUGUGUACGUCCUGCAGCGGCCUGUUCCAAAUGUGUAUUCAGUUCUGCAUCAGUCUCGCUGUGGGCUCGCUGACGGGUGACGCGCUGCUCCACCUCCUUCCCAUGUUCUUGGGGAUACAUGAGCACAGCGAUGGAGCAAGUGAACACGCACAUGACACUACGUACAUCUUUAAACUGCUGGUGCUUUUGGGAGGGAUCUAUUACUUCUACCUGAUGGAGACCAUCUUCUCAAUCAUCACUUACAAAAACAAACACUCUCAUCACCAUGAUGACGAAGAGCCACACCACUGUGACCAUGGUAAAGUCCUGCAGAUGUACCAGAGAGAGAAAAAGAGCAAACUCUCCACAUCACAAGCAGAUUUGGUAGAUGGGGAUAAAAAGUCCUCCCCAGAAGCAGAAGCAGCCUCUCACACAAGAGAGCAGCGCCUGCUUCCAUAUAUGAUUACAAUCGGCGAUGGCAUUCAUAACUUUGCAGACGGCCUGGCCAUCGGCGCCGCCUUUUCACUCUCCUGGCGCUCAGGAUUGGCUACGUCUCUGGCUGUGCUCUGCCAUGAAUUGCCACAUGAGCUGGGUGAUUUUGCUGUGCUGCUGCACUGCGGCGUGUCGGUGAAGAAAGCUCUGCUGUUAAACGUGGGCAGCGCUCUGACCUCUUUUAUUGGUCUCUACAUCGCUCUCUCGAUCUCCACCGACUCUGCAGCCAAAGAGUGGAUAGCAGCAGUCACAGCAGGCCUCUUCCUCUACGUGGGACUCACAGAUAUGCUUCCCACCAUGAUCCACGUGGACAGCAAGAGGCCAUGGAUGAUAUUUUUGCUGCAGAAUCUGGGUUUGCUUUCUGGCUGGGGCAUCCUACUGCUUCUCUCUCUUUACGAGGACAAGAUAGGCAUCUAGAGAACAACCUUUUUUAUUUUAAACCCCUAAUGGUCAGUUUAAUUUAUGUCUGUCUUGUGGUCCAAAUUUUUAGAAAACACACUAUUAUGAAACCAGAUGUAAAGAGGGACAGAUAUACAAAGUGGGUCAUGUCCAUUUGAUUUGACUGGGAAUUGAAUUUAAAAAGGCAACAGACACAUAUUUGGACAUCAGAGCAUAGAAAAAUUAAAAUUUUAGAGAAAUGCACAUAAACCAAUUAGGAUUUAACUGAAAUAUUAUUAGACCUGCCAACCCAAAGAGGAAUAAUAUUACAAAAAAAAGGAAAAAACCUAGAACAGUACCUUUUCGAUAUAGACCUAGUCCUUAUACAAACCGCAUGUCUAAUAUCCCUCAAAGAUCCUGUGAAAUAUUUCCAUGUAGACAGCAUUUUCACUGUUACUCAGUUCACAUGUCUGAGCACAGGAGACUAAAGCAAAAAAGUAGUGCCUUUAAACACUAUGGAAUUAUCAUUGCUUUUAAAAUUAUUGUAAGGUUUUAGAUUUUAUACAUUUAAUCUUUUUUUUUUUAGUCAAAAUGGUCAGCCUUUUUUCUCUUCCAGCCAAAAAUGGACCUUUUUUGCCAGCCGAAUUUCGGUGCAUCCCUACUAAAUACAGUUAAAAUACAUUAUAUGGCCAAAAGUUUGUGGACACCUGACCAUCACUUGCUUGUUGAACAUCCCAUUCCAGAUUUAGUCCCCCUUUACUGUUAUAAUAACCUCCACUCCUCUGGGAAGGCUUUCCAGUAGAUUUUGGAGCGUGGCUGUGGUGAUUUAUGUUUAUUUAGCCACAAGAGCAUUAGUGAGGUCAGGCACUGAUGUUGGGCGAGGAGGUCUGAGGCUCAGUUGGUGUUCAUCCCAAAGGUGUUCAGUGGGGUUGAGGUCAGGGUUCUGAGCAGGACACUCAAGUUCUUCCACACCAACCUUGUUAAACCAUGUCUUCAUGGAGCUCGCUUUGUGCACAGGGGCAUUGUCAUGCUGGAACAGGUUUGGGCCUCUUAUUUAGAGUGAAGAGAAAUGCUACAGCACACAAAGACAUUCUAGACAAUUGCGUGCUUCCAACUUUGGGGCAACAGUUUGGGGAAGGCCAACAUGGUCAGGUGUCCACAAAAUUUUGGCUAUAUAGUAUAUGUUAAUCUAGUGAUCAAGUUUAUUUCACAUUAAAGAACUCAAAACAUUCUCCAUUUCUCUUGAAAAUCGGGUCAAGUCAAGAUCACUGGCUGAAAGAUUACUAAUGUUAGAUGUGGGGAAGGGGCGGAGCUUUCAAAGAUGUCAGUUCACUUAUCACAUCUAUGCAACUGUCAAUCAUUCCAGAUUCAUGUCGAUUGGCUCAUAUGCCUUUUUUUUAUUUGUUUGGGGGGAGGGGGGUACUCUGAUGUUAUAAUGCAGAACUUCUAUGCAAAAUUCAUAAGGGUUGGCAGGUCUGCAUUUGGUAGUUGAGAUCUGUCCAUCAAAGCCAUUUCAGGCUUUUAUAUUUGUUCUAAUUGGUUUAUUUUUGUUUAUAAUUUUUUUUUGGUUAGUUUUUACUAAUUGGUUUUACUGUAAGGUAGUCAUUUGGUGUUCCAUUUUCUUUUACUAACAUUCAUCAAAGUUUUCUUAUGCACUGGUUAGCUAGUUUAUUAGGUACACCUACCUUGUUCACAUUCACUGGCCGGUUUAUCAGGUACACUCAAUAAUUACCAUGUGUUCCCUGACAGUGAUGCUCUACCUGCUACACUCACACCAGCAAAACCACACACACAACACACUGCACAUAGCAACAGAUACGCUACAGUCAGUGACUUCAUACAAACAAGUGCACAGACUGUGUAAUAUUGGUUAACCUGAUAAAAAUGGCCAAUCAUUUUAAGUAAAAGGUAGCUGUGUAUUGUAGUUUCUGAAGUUUGUAGAUUGCAUAUUUAUAUUUGUUGCAUAAGCAUUUCUAAUUAUACUAAUGAUAUUCCAAAUGUAUAAUUACUAUGCUUGAUAGUAAUGCUGUUAUGUUUAUUUUUGUUCUGUCAUAAAACUAUGAACAUCUGGAUAUGUGUAAAAGCUCAGCAGCUUGGCAAAACAUUAAAUAAGGCAACAUUGCCAGUUUUUGUAUGUAGCUAGUGUAUAUAUGAAACAUGCUUUUUAAGACAACUGCAAAUAAAUACAAAUGAAUCUCAAAUAUUUGGUUCUU